AUGUCUAUGUCUUGUUUCUCUCACGAGGAUUUCUCGAAAGCGUACAACUUUCCCUUGGAACCUGGGCGCAACUUCGAAAGUAGCGCCGGCAUCCCAGCUCGCUAUGCCUCUGGCCAUCCGAAAGAGUGGUCAGAUGAACGACCACUCGGAACCAUUGACUUCAGUCUCGAUGACCAAGUGCAUAGCAUAGAGGGGUACCCGUCAUAUCACACCGCCCUGAGUCCCGAUGGGAAACUUUUGGCAAUCAGCACGCACACCGAGCAUAUCCUCAUCUACGAUGUGCAUUCACAGGAACUGCGUCAAAAGCUCGAUGGUGCAGGAUGUCUUGUAUUCAGACCUUUAGUUCCCAGCGAAGAUGGAGUCGCCAAACCUACCCAGAUUGCGGGAGAGCAAUUGAAGAAACUAGCGUAUACCAUCGUGAGCUCUGUCAACGAUGAAGCGUCGCAUGUUCAACCUAAUCCGGAUAGGCUUAUCCUCUGGGACUUGGACCGGCAUGGCCGUAGCAUGGAUAUGGAUGAAUCGAUAGACCCUAAAACAUUGGCAACAAAAGCUAUUGACGCUAUAGCAACAGAGCUUCUUGCGAAACAUGAAUGGACCAGAAACUUCAUGGACUCUUCCGCCCUACAUAAUGAGUUCGAGAAGGCACUGAGCCGAAUUGCUGUGAAGCAUCGCAGACGUCAUAACACUAUCCUUGACAACGCCGUUCUGGGCAGCUUUGGCUCUACAUCAUUUAGUGCGAAUGGAAGGUUACUCUUGUAUCACGCGGCAAACUCAUCUACCCAAAUGGGAAUGAGAGAGGCUGAUAGACUUCCCCAUGUUGUGGUUUACGACAUGGAAGCAAAACAAGAGCUCCACCGCCUGUCAGGACACAGGGAUGCAAUCAUGUGGUCAGCAUUCAGCCCGGACGACGAGAAAAUCGCAACCGUCUCAUGGGACGGUACACUGCGUAUGUACAGCCCUACUACUGGCGACCUCUUAUGGGCCACGGAGAAUUCAGGUGGCCAAAGUUGGACCGGUGCAUUCUCGCCUGACUCCAAAUUUAUUGCCUGGAGUUCCAAAUUUGGUCGGGAAAUCCAAGUACUGGAUUCGAGUGAAGGACGUCAAUUAUCUACGUUUCCAGAUAAGCUCAGCGAAUGGUGUCGUUGUCUCAUCUGGCAUCCAAAUAACAGAGACAUUGCGUUAUGUGCCGGGAAAGAAGCCUACAUUUGGACCGCGUUUGAUGGUGGUCCCAAUGGAUCGAUACCGCAGCACUACAUGAUGGAUAACGACAAUAAAUGGCCAACUAUGGCCAACAUCCAGAGAGUCGACUGGAUGGAUCAAGGCAAAUUACUUGCUUUGGAGUUCUCCGAAGGAACCAAUCUGGUAUACAAUAUUGAGCGCAACACUACAGAGCUCUUCAAACGCCCGAAGGGGGUAGACAUCGCUUGGAUUGAACAUGGCUUGUAUGGACCGAUUAGCAAGAGAGAGAAUGAUGAUUACUAUCUCAGUGUCGAUGGCGACGUACAAAUCGAAUUGGAACCUGCAACCUUUGCUCCACGGAUAUCCUCGACUGUGUCAAUCCCACUGUGUCCCGGAAAUCGACAACAGCUGACCUUGCACAUCGCCGCACCAGGCGAGUACAAGUUUAAUGGAUUACGCCUGUGCGCGGCGGUCACGGUGACGAAUCUGUACCAUCUUGCCUUGCGGCUGGCUAAAGGCAAUACGGACCGGACACCCGCCUCCGCGCUUAUGAGAGUACCCUUUCAGGCUGUACAUACCCCACACUGGCGUUCGCUAAGCCCCACGCAGUGCGGCUUACGAUGCUGUGUACUUUAUAUGAACCUUGAAGGGACAGCUGACCGUUGCCCGAAAAUCGCUCUUCCAUUUUCCCUUGGACCUGCAUUUCUCACAAUCUUCAUACAAGAUUUUGAGGGCUUCAAUGGGCACUUUGCUGUUCUGUUGAACACAAUUGCCGCGCCAUUUCCGCAUCACAAGCUCAACUCCCUCUGUCGUGUCACUGAACAUAAGAUCCAAUUACCCUCCCAUAAGCCGAAAAUGAUACAAGCGACGGAAAAUGGCGAGCGAUAUGAGCUCACAAGUCCAACGGUCAUGCCCAAGGCCGGAGCUUUCCUUUGGAAUCAACGCAUGAUGAUCCAGGUAACCUGUCGUGGCUUUGCCACUGCACAAUACAUGCAGCCCGAGCCGGCCAAAUACGCCUACGCACCCAACCUCGAGGCAAAAACGUUUAUGCAGCCCGAGCAAAACUACUACGCCCAUCAUCCGGGCCGCUUCGUCUACGUAAAGGACGAGGAGACGGCCGAGAUCUUUUCAGCCCCGUAUGAGCCGGUCCGAGCGAAACCCGAUCGCUUCGUCUUCGACGUCGGCAAGAGCGAUAUCAAAUGGACAGUGGAGAAGCUGGGGAUUCGCGUUGAAAUGAAGUUUUUGCUACCGACGGACGAUGUGGCGGAGCUGUGGAGUAUCAAGGUUACCAAUUUGACGGAUCGGAGACGCAGUCUGAGUGUGUAUCCUUAUUUUCCCUUGGGCUACAUGUCGUGGAUGAAUCAAGAGGCAGAGUGGAGCGAGAAUUGUGGGGGCAUCAUUGGAAGUUGUAAAACGCCGUAUCAGAAGGCGGAGGACUAUCCAAAGAUGAAGUAUUUAAAGGAUAAGACGUAUUUCCUCUGUGAGACCACCCCCGUGGCGUGGGAGGCAAAGCAAGAGGCGUUUGAAGGCGAAGGGGGUCUACAAGCUCCGUCAGCACUGCAAGAACCGCAAUUGUCGAAUAGCGAUGCUCGAUACGAGACACCUACCGCAGCUGUGCAGUACUGGGCUGAUUUGAAGGUGAAUGAAAGCCGCGAGUACCGCUUCUUGUUCGGGCCAGCGUACGACGAGGAAGAAACCUUGAAGAUGCGCAGGAAAUACCUCAGCAAGGAGGGAUUCGAGCAAGCUGCAAAGGAUUACGAAAGUUACAUUGAGCGUGGAAGCGGUUGUCUUCGUCUCAGCACACCCGACAAACAUCUCGACAACCUGGUCAACAACUGGCUGCCCCGCCAGGUAUAUUACCACGCUUCAUCAAGCCAGAAGUCUGUCGGAAAGCGAUUGUCACGGCCGUCAGUCAACAAAAGAGGAAUGGCUCGAUGCCGGACGGAAUUCUCCUAG